AUCAUAACCGCCAUAUUCAAUUAGAGUUUAUAUUUGAUGAUUUUUAAUUAUUUAAAUGUGAACGAGGCAUUGGACAUUCUUUAUCAAGCAAGUAUUUGUGUUUUGCAAUAAACUGAGUGAUUUUAAGUUAUCAUAUCAAUUGAGGAAAUCGGCCACGUGUGUUGUGACUUAGUCAUUGUUUUGGCGCGAUGAACCGGUGGCGGCCAUUUUGAAGUGCAUAUAAACUCGUUUAAAAAAGAGUGAGUUGUAAUCAAAAUAUAUUGAAACAAUGAUACCCAUACUAUUCGUAUACUCCUAAAGACAUGCUGGUGGUAUUACUGUGCUGCAUGAUGAAGAUUGUGGAGUUCUCCACAGGGAAACCCGUGGCAAACCGAAUUAUAGUGAGAAACUACAGAAGGCGAAGGAUGUCUAGAAAAAAAGGUAAAACGAUGGGGGAGGUUGUGGUGGGUGGAAGAAUAACAGCGCACAGCCCCGAUUCAGACUGUAACAGCAACCAUCCGGGAUCAACGACUAGCUGCCUGAGUAAUACUUCUUCACAGGAUAUAGACUUUAUUCAAGAUAACUCCGACUAUCAAUGGUUUCUUGAUUAUAAUUAUCGAGAUGGUAGUACCAAUCACCACACAAGCAUAUUGUCAUUAUCAGAGCCUUAUGAUGCCAAUGAUGUUGGAUACUAUGAUGUGCUUGCAAAAAAUAUGGAUGCAAAUUUGGCGGAAGCUGAUAUGGAGAGUUUUCGAACUGAAGAUAUUCAUGCAUUACUAACAAAUUUACCGACAAUGUGUACAGAUCCAUUAAGUCAAGAUCACCACCAAGGAGAAAGUUUUGCAAGUGUCUCUGGAUCUAUGAUGGCAAAAUUCGAUUUCGAUAGUUCCAUAAGUCCACAUAGCAGUAGCUCACAAGGCGAAGAUACUGCCAAUUCAACAUCCAUGUCGAUUUGCAAAUCGGAGUUACUGUUCAGUCCUGUAAAGGAAAUACCUAUGCCUGGUGCUAAUUUUAGCGUGGAUUCUCUUGACUGUGAACUAAUGAAUGAGCACGAUAUUAUGUUAACAUGCCAAGCCAACAAGGAUAAUUACACUAUUGCCUUUGAAGGAUCUUUGACUAUGUAUUCUGAGGAUAGCGAUUAUCACGAGUCAGAUAAGAGCGGUGGGAUGUCUGGAAGUGGUAGUAUUCAUUGGGAAGGCAAUAUGAAAGUGCAUCCUGAUAAUAUUAAACUUCCCGAUACAUCAAUGGCUCAAUCAGAUUCGGGCGGAUUUACAACUUGGAGCAAACUAAAGAAGAGAACAAGUGAUAAUCAAUUAAAAAGACAUCCAUCAGGAAACAACAAUAGUUCAGUGGAUAGCAAUAAGUAUAGUGCUGUGGACAAUGUAUUAAAAAGUCAAAGUAUGCCUAAUUUGUACAAACAGAAGGUAAAGGGACUUAUGAGCAGUGGAUUUUUGCGUAGUAACACACCAUUUAAUAGCUCUAUUGAUGCGUCUAAAAGGAGGGCUGUCAAAGUUUUUGAUAUUCAACAUCAGAUUCAGACUAGCAGUCUGAGCGGGGGCAGUUUGGUUUCCGAUAUGGCCACCUCAGCGGAUUGUGGAAGUACCAGUAGCGAAUCUAAUAAACAGCCAAAUUUGAAUUUGGUCAAACUCUUCAUGAAACAGAAAAGCAUGAGUGCAGAAGGCAUGUCUACCGCGAUGGAUCAGUCAUCAGUGAGUGAUAAUUGGCCAACUCACUCCGUUGCUAGUAACGAAUCAUUGGAGGACAAACAAUCAAACUGCAUUGAAGCAAAAGCAAACUGUUUGGAAAACGGCGUGUCAUUGAGUGAAAAUGGGUCUAGAACUCAUGAGCUAAUCAUAGAAGAGCAGGAUGAAGAUAUUUCACGAAGUGAAUCUGUAGAACAGUUGUCCGAAAGUAUAUCAAAAUUGGAAUCCGUAGGAGAUAGUUUUGAAAACGAACAUAAUCAGUGCGUUAAAUUCAAUGUAAACAACAAUAACAGCAUAGAGCAUAAAGAUCUAAGAAAAAGAAAGUUAAAGGCACACAGCACUCAAACAAGACGCAAUAACAGUUUGGGUGUAAGUUUAUCUUCAGAUUCUUCCAGUUUAUCCAGUUACACAGCUGACUGCAACGAACGUGUAAGAAACAUUGGAAAAACAACUGGAACCCAAAUACCCGUUCACUUAAUGAACAAAAGUAUGCAAACCUCUUGUUACAUAGACAAAAGCCUGAAAGCUGCUCCAUACAAAUUAAAUUGCCAUAACGCCAAAGAUUGUGUUAAAGUUGUUCAGCCAUCGUUUCUGAAUAAACUAAAAAAAGACGGUGAAACUGAGAAACCUGUAUAUAUCUUAUAUCCGAACUAUGUUCUUCCUGAUUUACAAUUUCUUAAUGAGAAAGCAGAAGAUGCUGCAAAGGUGUUUUUAAUGCCGCAAAGAGGUCCAAACAAAACAGUUCAACCGAAUACGCGCCCUUUUAGCUGUAAUGAUUUUGAGGCGUUGAAAAAGAAAGGGUUCGACCAUGUACGUGAUUGGGAAUCCUUAAAUUUCUUAUUACCAAAUGAAUGUCGCCAAUUAUUAGCAGAUGUACCUGAGAUAGCUGAACAAGCCAAUUUAAAGAGCGAAUUUACAAAACCUUCCUUCUGUACGUCGCCGCCUGUUAGACGCCGUGCAAGGCCAACUAGUUGUGACUGUGCCAUGCUGCACCGUACAGGGAGUGCAGAAACCGCAACAACUUUUUCAUCUAGUUCCAGCACAGCUACACAACCGAGUUCUGGGUAUCGGGGUUCGUCAACUAUGCUCCUCACUGAUUCGCAAAAUAGUCCCGCUCUUACUACAAACUUUAAUCCUCUCUUUGUUUAUCGAUAUGACAGUGUUACUAGCUCAGAAGCAAGCUUAAUGACGAGCGAACGUCACAGAUCUAUCGGAACUACUGCUCCACCUCUUCCCAAGCGUUCUAUCAGUCUUUCACACGAUCAUAAAUGUCGAGAGGUGGUACCUCCUCGACCACCACUUCCAAAAGGCAUUCUCAGGAAAAGCUUAGAAACUGCUAAACAAUACAAAAAUGAGAAAUCUAAAAGAUACAGCAUGUUUGAAACUUGUGACGAUAAUAACGCAAAGGACAACUCAAGUAAACGUUAUUCAUUGCCUGACCACUAUUAUCAAAGGCAUAAACGUUUGAGUGAAACUGAGGACGAAGGUGUAGAUGCAGGAACAUCAAGUAGUAGUUUGGAUGAACAACCAGAAGUCAAUUUCAGAGUUCCAAUUCCACCUCACCCCAAAACAGAUAUUUUGCUAUCCCAUAUCAGUUGUGAUGAGCUCUUACAGUUAGAAGAAUACCUAAAAAUGAGUGGCUUGUCGUCAUCCGAUCCUGAAGAUUUGGACGAACAGGAAAUCAUUCAAUUGCGCUCGUGUGUCAGUAAGUUCUUGGCGCUGAAGAUCAAUCAAGAUGGCAACGAACACUUUGGUGGCAAGAAAAGUGUUAGUUUUGCUGAGAAGGUGAACGUUUUACCAAAGAACAAUCUAGAGAUGAAACCACCAAAUAAUUCUCCGAAUGCAUCUGCUUUUUCAAAUCAAAGAACUUAUCAGCAUAAAACGUUGGCCGAAAUUCCGAUAUGUGAAGAGGGAGAAAUUAGUCCAGAAAAUUAUUCUAGUCCACAACUUACACCUACUCACGUCAGGAAGCAGACUUACGAUCUGAAUCAAAAACGUCUGUUAGUAACCGCAGUUACUGAUGCGGUUGAAAAAGUAAUUCACCAUUUUUCUCCGGCAACGAAUCAGUCUGAAUUAAUAACAUUAGGAGAUUCAAGCCUAAAUCCGGCAUGCGCAAAAAUUGCUCUGACAAAUCUUUGUCCUGCAAUAUACGCAGUUUUGAGUGAUGGUUUAAAGCCCAAUCUGGAAACGUCGUUUGGUCCGAUCUGUAAUUCAGUUUGGCAAGUAGUUGAAGCGUCAGCGCAACAAGGUCCGUUAACUAAGGCGUUAAAUGAUUUGGUUAUGAGAAUUAAUGGUGAAGAUGCAAUUACGGAAGGUCUGGUUAAAUUUAAUGCAUUUGUGUUUGGUUUAUUAAACGUAAGAUCGUUGGAUGCGUGGACUAGUUAUUUAAGAACACGCGAAACUGUGCUAAAGAAGCAUUAUAAUCCAAACUCUCUACUUCUUCUUGCACACACUGGUGGUGCGGCAGUGAGGGGUUUAUUGGAUACUUUAAUAUCUGCAUUAGAACCUUUGGCAUUGUUACCAUUCCAUUUCGAUGUUUUGUUUGAGUACAGACAACUGCAUGAGAGUCUGAAAAGAAUAGAUUCAUAUGUUCCUUCUAGUCCUACACAUGUGAAGCCAUCAUCACCUAAGACAUUAACGCCAAAGCAAUGGAAUCUCAUGAAAUUGGCAAAUUCACUGCAAAGUACUUCUUCUCAUUCUCUUUCUGAUGCAGAAGAGGCCACCACCGUCCGACAGUGCUCGCCAGAGAACCCCACUCUCCCAGACCUCUUAAAUACUUCCACUUCCUCACGAAGUCAGUGUAAAGUUCGUCCUAGGUCCUGCAUAGAACCCGGAGUUUUGUCUAAACCAAGCUUUCGUCUAGGCGAAGAUGUUACUGUGAUUGCAAAGAAAAGGUGGUCUGGUAUUUCGUUAACCUCAAAACUAUAUCAAGCUUAUGAUCGAUUGGCACGUGAAGACACCGAAGAAGAAUAUACUGAUAGUUUAGAAACAUACAAUAAUCGCAAUAACAGAGUGCCAAGUGCGGAAAAAUCGGACAGCAAUUCCAGUGAGGAUGCCUCUCGUCUUAGGGAUGAUGGUCCAGAAUCACUGGAAUCACAAGCUGCUGAUGAGAAACCGCUUAAUGGAACGAGAUUCCGAAAACUACAGGAGAAAUGGGAAAAACUGAGUGGAAAAGAUUUACCAUGCUCUCCACCACAGUCACCUACACACGCCAACAAGUCUAAAAUACCUCGGCUUGUUACAUCUCCUGUAAGACCACCUUCGGGUAUUCCUGUUCCUGUAGUUUCACCCACAACUAAACCUAGUAAAAUUGCUAAGAAGGUUACUACACCUCCAAGUGGGAAUAGGAAAUGUAUAGGAAGCAUUAGUAGAACUUCCAUCGGAAAUAAUCCUCCUAAGGUGCAAGUUAAGAAACCCAUACCAAAUACUAGGACAAGCAGAUUAGAUCAGCAAGAUGGCCCCUCUGAUGUCUUGAAACACUCACCUCGACCAAGCAGCCUUCCAUACAAACCUGCAAAUGUUCAGAGUAAAAACAAUAAACUAACACCUCCUCGUAGGGCAGUGUCCAGCUCAUUAGGAAGAAAACCUGUUGUUCAAGUGCAGAGUAGUAGGGUAGUACGAACCUUAUCUCAUCGUUUGGCAUCCGAAAGUGGUCAUUUAUCAUAUAAUGAAGGGGAACGACUGACAGUAAUUUUGGAAGUAGAUGAGAAAUGGUUACUUUGUUGUAGAGGUACUCAAAAAGGUUUGGUUCCUAAAUCUGCAGUUAUCGCAGAUAGUGGACGAUUUUGAAAAUAAAUUAUGUAUAAAUAUGGUAGACUGCCAAAUGUGAUGCAAAAACUGAUUGGGAGGUUUAUAUCCUUAACACUUAUGUGUUUCUAGUAUUUUGUGUGGGUAUUAUAUUUUUAAGUUCAAAUGCGAUAGUGGCUAGUAUUUUGCUUAUGGUUCAGUUCUGCAUUUUGUACAAUGCCUCAUUUACAUAAGAGUUACAGUGUUGUGCAUACUAGUUUUUAGUCAUCACCAUAUAGAUCUAAUGGCUGUUCAAGUUGCAUAAAAUAUUUUAGUUAUUGAAUGAAAUCUUUAUUUAUUUUUUUAAUUUAGUCAAAAAAAAAGAAAAGGCUGUUUUACAUGAGAUACUUAAAAUAUCAAAAUAUAUUUAUUGUUUACUUAAUAUGUCUUACAUUCCUGCUGUUACUACUAUUUGUUCUCUAGACCAUGAUUCUUUGAAAAUACGAAGUGUUGCAUAAUAUUGAUUGAGAUAUAAAACUAUCCAACUCCAAUUUCCUCUCCUUGCAUGACUAACAUCUUUUUUCUCUCAAUUUUAAUCUCAAUUUCUUAUGGUGGUGGAGUAUGACGUAAAACUUAAUUUACAUAUCCAACUUUCCCUCCUUGCAUGUUAAACCCUUAAACCAUAUCCCACCAUCAAAAGUAUUAUCAAAAAAUCACUUCGUAACUCACUUCAAGUCUAAUCUAAGUGAAAUAGGCUUGUUAGUGGAUUGUUUUUUAAUUUUUGCACAUUUUUCUUUCUUAUUUUUUCAUUAUGAACCAGUUUCGUUAUUGUAGAUUUAUAUGUUCAUGCAAUUAUAUCGCACGCAUGCAUGCAUGGACCAGGUAUUCGCGUUGAUACUUAUAGGAUCCAGCUUUUGCCUUCUAAUCCUUGCUUUAAAUGUUAUCUGAUUACUUAGCUUUAUUAACUUAUACCGUAUUAAUUAAAUAAUAGCGUAUAUUUUGAUAUGUAUAAAUAAUACUUAUAAGUUUAAUGUAAAGUUUUUGUAUAUAUUUGCAACUAGAGGUAAUUUGCAUUGAUAUCGUAUUUAAUGAAGACAAAGGCAUGAUGCGUUCAUUGUUACCGACUGUACACUCCUAUUGAUUUGCUUGCAUAAUGUACUUUUUACUGAACCAGCUAAGAGUAAUAACUAAGUAUAUUAACACUAUGAACGGUACCUUACUACAAUAUCAUCGUUAUGAUUGUAACCAUAGACAUUAGGAUGAGAGGCCUUGAAACAUCAUUAUUUUCCAAUAUACAAUAUUUCAUCAGUAUUUUGUUAUUUUAGUGCUGCUAUAUUGACAUUCUAAAGUAUCUAGCACUAUUUUUAAGAACUUUAUAUAUUAGGUAAUUAAAAACAUAUUUGUUGUAUAAUUCAUGUUGUUUAUAUAUAUUAUAUUUACACCUCUUAUUAGUUUGUAAGUUCUGUAUAUGUAUAUAUUGAACGCUUUUGUGAUUUUGUAUAUAAGUAAGAAAACCAAAGUACGACUCGAAAUAAUAUACUGGUAAAAUGAAAUUGUGUACUCGAUAUAAUUUAAGGACAACUCAUGUGAACCAAUGAUGCUGAAUCUUGUUCGUAAAAAAUCUGAUACCUUUUUUGUAUUUUUCUUGUAUAAAUUUUAUUUAUUAUUUUACUGUUAUCCAUUGAUAACUUGUAGUGAUGUGAUUUACUCAUUUAAUAGAUACCUAAUUGCAAA